AUGGUUCAUUUUAUUUUAAUUCAAUUUAAAUUAAAUUAUGGUAAAAAUGAUCGAUUUAGGAUUUUAACAGUUCAUCCAACAAUAAAUUUAUUUUGCUGCUAUUUAAACGUAUGUUUUUCUUUUCCAGCACCUGAAAGUCGUCAUUCAUCUGAUUUAAAUGCUGUAUGGGUUGCUCGAAAUCAAUUUGUUGUCCUUGAUAAAAAUCAUGUUUUUUUUUAUGCAACAUCAAAUCAUCUUAAGUAUGUACUUAUUAGUGGUGAUCAUGGAAUUAUUCGUUCACUUGAUUUACCUAUUUAUAAAACAAAAGUUAAAGGAAAUAGUGUUUGUUGUUUGGAUAGAAGUUCGAUCAAAAUUAUUAAAUAUUGA